AACCCUUCGGCUCCGCCCCUUUCAUCUCCACUUCAGGCAAGCCCUUCUAAAACCCUUUAAUAACGGAAGAAACCCCACAACCCUACUUCCUCUCAAGCCACGGCAAAAUGCCAGGCCGUGCGUCAGAUCCCGGCGACUCUCUCGUUCCUUUCUCGCCGGAAGUUAAAGAUCCGGUCGUCCACACUCUCCACCAUGGUCUUAAACCCCCAAUUGCUCGCCUUUCCAUCUCCUGGUCCCGCGGAAACUCCCUCCUCGUCGCCUUCUUCCGGAAACCAUCUCCGGAAUCCGGCGCCGAGGAUUCCGGCGAUGAAAUCGGCGGGAAAGUGGUCGAGGUGAAGCUCAGUGCCGGAGACGGUGAAAUCGACGACGCGCAGAAGCGGAGGAUCGCUUACGGAUCGGCUCCAGCUUUCGCGCUCCUUCAGAGCCAGCGGAUUUCUGUCUCAGCAGUGUCGAAAAUGCCGUUUGGUUCGUCUUCAUAUCGCACUGAGUGGUGGCAGCAUGUUUUGGAGUACAGCAAGCACAUAAGUUCUUUUCUAGGAUCUCCAAAGCCUCCUACAAUGUCAGUGAUCGAGGACCCAAGGACAGUUAUGAAGUUUCUGCAGUCAGAUGAGGAGCCAACCUGUUUGAAGGCAGCAUGGGAGCUGUUGGAAAUAUUUUAUGUGGACAAGCAAUUGCUGUCUUGGCUCCCAGAGCACCUUGUUGAUUGGUUAGCAGAUUAUGAUAGUCUCCUUUCCAGGACAGAGUCAACUGUUCAUUCAAAGCUUGUGAACCUGCAGAAGAAACUUGUCAAUUUACAGAUUGUUGAGGAUGAUCCUGAAUACUGGGAAGGGAUGUCAUCAGCACUGGCAGUUGGUUGGCUUGACAUUGUGGUGAAACUAUUGAGAUUGCAUGGGUCUUAUCAACUGGAUCAGCUUGCCCAUCGUGAGACAGAAAACGGACUGGUGGAAGCAGUCGUUGUUCUUGUGUCGACAAUGCCACGCAUGCGUCCUAAGUUAGCUGCUGAAGGAUUAGGUCAAUGCUUUAAAACCAAGCCAGAUUUUAUCAAGGCUUGGGAGAAGUGGCGUGGCCAAAUAGCCAAGCUAGACUGCAGUGCAUUUUGGAUUCAAUGUGAAAACCGACAGACCAAGGAAGGUUUGAAGAAUCUGUUACAAGUCAUGUUGGGAAAUACUAGCAUUCUUGCUGCUGCAACGUGCCAUUGGAUGGAGCUGUUUAUAUCCCACUUUCUCUAUGUUAGGCCAUUCACAGUGGGUUUAGAAGGCAUGCAUAGCUUAGCUCAGAAAUGCAUGCAGUUGAAACCAGUGUCCACCUCCCAUAGAUUGAUGGGGCUUAUACUUGGAAUUCUUGGGGAAAAUACUGAGGUUGUUCUGGCAGAAUGCUCUAGAUCAUUUGGCCCUUGGAUGGUUGUCCAUGCUAUAGAGUUGUUGAUGGCCGAUAACAGGCAAGCUGAGGUUCUUUUACAUGAAGAGCGCUACAAUUUGGGAGGAAUCAACAUAGAGGAGCUCCAUCGACUUGUCUAUGCUCAAGUUCUAUCUUCUAAUGCUUUAACUUGGCAAAUUGCUCCUUUUUAUUUAGCAUCAUGCAAAAAGCAAGGUUUGGGUUUGUUGGAGAUUUUGUUGUAUGCACAGCCUGUACAACACAAUCAGAUGAUGCUAAAGACUCUAGACAUUUGCCGUUUAUACGAACUCAACAACAUCAGCUUAAGCAUUAUGAAGAUAGCUGGAAUGCAUCACUGGAAACAUGGUAGGAAAGGGGCUGGAGUUUUCUGGCUCAAGCAAGCUCAGGAUGAAGUUCGGCUCAAUAGAAUCGCUCAACAGCUGUUCGAGUUUGUCGGAAAGUCAGUUUCUGAUGAUAGUUUCAAGCAAUGGGAAGGAUUGAUUGAAUUAAUGGGUUCAGAAGCCAGGACCGCUGGUGGCCUUGAGUUUCUUCACAAGUAUAGGGACUUCAAGAAAUCCCUUCAGAAGGUUCAAGAUAAAAAGGCUUCUGAUGCUGCUCGACAAGCUAUAGACUCUCUUAUAUUGCUCAUGAAGAACCCAUCAACACCAGAGCGUUUCUGGCUGCCUCUUCUUCAUGAUUCGUUGAAAUUUCUUAACUGGCGGGAGCGACCUCUGCUGAAUGUUUCCGAAACCAACCUGUUGUUGGGCAAACUGCAAGAGCUGUCCUUGGCUAGGCUUCGCCCAGAUUUCUGUGAUGCUGACCUGCCGCCUCAGGCCCUGAGUUCUGUCAGACUGGCUCUGGCCACAAAUCUCGGCCGGGCUAUUCUCGAGGAGUGACUUCUAAUCUCCGUAAUUUACAGCUUCCGUACUUGCCUCUCAUGCUGCUCUUGCUGGAUGACAUGAAUUAUGACCUGACCUCCAAAUCAUGGGCAAGAGCUCAUAUAUGAUGUUAUGUUUCCAGUAUCUGGAAAGAUAGAGAAUUAGAGAGUAGAAAAUGUCUCCUAAAGAUUGUCUGCUUCUUCUACAAGAGUAUGUCAUUAGUACGACAGUCAUUCUUGCCAAUGUAUCUAUGGCUUUUGGAUGAUUGAGGGGAUUGAAAUCUAUUCUAUCAUUGUCCCUGCAGCAAUUAGGGUGUCAGUCAAUGUAAUUUCUAUAGAUCCAUUAAGCAUAUCUUGCAUGUAUGUACUCAUUGUUCUGUUAUUUGGUUAGGAGUGAACUUCAUUAUUCGCUGCUCGGCAUGUAUCUUUCAUACACUGGAUAUGCAUCUAUAUGAUACUCCGUGUGUA